GUCUCGUCUCAGCCGCAUCCUCGAGAGUCAUCGCGGAAAAAUGCCGGGGAACAACUUGCAAUUGUACAAUUGUCACGUGUGAUUGUUCGUACAUAUGUGAAUCGCACAACUAUUCCCGUAUAUAAUCGGGACUCAUCGGUGAUCGGAAAAACUCACUGAAAAAUCGGGUAAGUGAUGAUCGAUUGAUGGUGCUUUGCUGAGUACGCACAUCCGAACGACAAAAUAGUCUGCGUAUGUCUGGGUCAGUGUGUAGAAGGAAAUUGUUAACGAAUUGCGAAACAGCGCGCUUAAUACUUACUCGUCAUCGCGAAUUAUCGAGCAAGAUAGAGAAUGUAAGCUGAGUGACGAAUGAUGAACACACGUAGUGAUGAAAGAAAGAUGAUGAAGUGGAGAGAGCAGACAUAAUCUUGUGAAAAUAAAAGAAAGAAGAGAGACAGAGAAAUAGAAGAAAUUUUGGAGGAUUGUCUCUUUGAAUUAAAAAAUUACGUCCGACGACGCAAAAUGGAAACGUCACUCGUGAUUCUCGCCGAGAAAGUUUUCCCGAGAUGUCGCGAGGACAUCAAACACGACGACGUCCGAUAUCCUUGAACGAGAGAUUGCACUUUGCGAAGAUGCACGGGUGAUAAAAAAAAAAAAAAAAAAAAACAGGCUUGGACAAAAUGUUGAUCAAGGAGUAUCGCAUACCGCUGCCUCUCACAGUAGAGGAGUAUCGAAUCGCUCAGCUGUACAUGAUAGCGAAAAAAUCUCGAGAAGAGAGCAAGGGUGCCGGUAGCGGCGUCGAGAUCAUCGAGAACGAGCCGUACAGCAACGGUCCGGGCGGUAGCGGCCAGUACACACACAAAAUCUUUCACGUGGGCAGUCAUCUGCCAGGCUGGUUCAAGAGUCUGCUGCCCAAGUCGGCGCUGAUCACCAAAGAAGAGGCAUGGAACGCGUAUCCGUACACCAAGACACGGUACACGUGCCCGUUGGUGGAGAAGUUCUCCGUCGAGAUAGAAACUUACUACUUCCCGGACAACGGACUCCAGGAAAACGUCUUCAAUCUUACGGGCAGCGAUUACAGAAACAGAAUCGUCGACGUCAUCGACAUCGUCAAAGAUCAGCCUUAUGGGGCCGAUUACGUAAAAGAAGAAGAUCCCAAGUUGUAUGUGUCGGAAAAGACCGGAAGAGGCCCGUUGGAGGAAACAUGGCUGGAGGAUUAUUGGGCCGAAGUGGAAGGAAAGCAACAGCCAACGCCGUCCGGAAAAGCAUUAAUGUGCGCGUACAAGCUAUGCCGAGUAGAGUUCCGUUAUUGGGGCAUGCAAACGAAAUUAGAAAAGUUCAUACACGACGUAGCUCUGCGGAAGACGAUGGUGCGGGCGCACAGACAGGCCUGGGCCUGGCAGGACGAGUGGACCGGUCUAACGAUGGAAGACAUCAGGGAGAUCGAGCGACAGACGCAACUGGCGUUGCAGCAGAAGAUGGGGUUGGCCGAAUCGGAGGAUGACGGAAAUCAAAACGAAAACGUGUCGUCGCAAACGACGACAGCGACGACAACAUCGACAGCGGUGAAUGCCGCGAUGACGCCGCCGGAGUCGAACGUCGCCAAGACCCUGGCGGCCACACUGGGCAGCAUCGAAAAGAACGAGGAAAUACAGAGCCCGCCGUCCGUCAGGAAGCCGUCCGACAUUCCCAUCAUCAACACGGCGGCCAGUUCCGAGGGCGAGAUCAGUCCGGAGGAUUCGCCGGUCGAUCUAAAUGAAAUCAAAACUGCAAUUACCGACGAAAAAGCUGACACCAAGAAGUGGAGGAAAACUAACGUAGGUUUGAAUUCGCCAAAUUCCAAUAAGAGCUUCGACAUCCAAAUAGCGAACUGGAGAAUGGAGAGUAUUGUCAGAGAAUCCGAGUCCGGCAGCGACGACGAGUUCUUCGACUGUCAAGCUGCAGCUGGGUUCAUAAUACCUGUUAUACGCAAAGAGGAAUUUGAAGAUAGCCCUUCAUUAGCUAAAUGGAGUUCUUUGGAUCUUCUAGCAGAAGGGGAGGACACAACUGUGCAAACACCACCCGGGGCAAACGAACAAGAUGACACAAUAUUUUCGCCUUCGUAUCUGCAACGCGUAGCCACCGAGCGAAACAGUAAAAGAUUACAGAUCAGCACAUCAGCCAGUAUUGACGUGUCGUGUCCAGCAAGCCCUCAACAUUCUCCUACGCAUCAACCGUGCAAAGUUAGCGUUCUGAUUAUUGUAGUUCACGGUGGCAGCGUUUUAGACGUACAUGUUGAUUUGACGGCAAAAAAGUCAGACAUAACGACAUUCCGUGGAGCCUUUGAAUCUGUCAUGAGACAGCAUUACUCCAGCAUGGUUGGACACGUGUCUAUUAAAUUUGUAUCCUGUCCUUCUAUUUGUACUGAAGGUCUUGGAAUUUUAUCCAGUCUGAGUCCGUACAGCUUCGAUGUGUCGCCUUCGUGUGCAGACACACCGCAAGUGACACACGACACUAUUCCGAUCGGCGCGAUUCCGUUACUGGCGAGCUCGAGCUCUGAUUAUCAGGAUGCAGUGUUGCGUGUGGUAACGAGCGCCAAUCAGGUAUAUCACGACUUUAUCAAGAGUGACGAGGGUAAAGGUUUCAACGGACAGAUUUGCCUCGUGGGGGACUCAGUAGGGUCAAUUUUGACCUACGACGCCCUGUGUAGGACGAUGCAGCACUCGAGACAAAGCAGCGAGAACAGUAUUCUAGAGAGUAGCGGUCAGCAAGGUUACGACAACGGCGGAAACCUCGAAGAUAGCAAGCAUUUGUCCGCGCCUUCUCCCAGAAGAAGAUCUUCAGGCACUAGUGACAACGUGAGCCAUAAUAAGUUAGACUUCGAGGUGGGUGAUUUCUUCACUUUCGGCAGUCCACUCGCCCUGGUUCUGGCUUACAGAAAGAUCGCCACGUCCAACGACAAAAAUAGUUUCAUACCUAGGCCGUUGGUCAAUCAAAUGUACAAUCUGUUUCAUCCCACGGAUCCGGUGGCCGCGAGAUUGGAACCUUUGAUCUCAGCUAGAUUUUCGCAGAUUCCGCCGGUUAACAUUGCCCGAUAUCAAAACUAUCCGCUUGGCAAUGGUCAGCCUUAUCACUUACUGGAGACCAUCCAGACUAAUCCGCACGUGUUUGUUGACGGAUUGAACAUUCCCAAUGUUCAACUGGCGCAUUUAAGAAGACUAUCCGAUAUAUCGCUUCAAAGUACAAUGUCGGGCAUUAUUGACAAUGUUCCUUUACAGGUGAUAUCAGCCUUGACACAAAAGUGGUGGGGCACCAAGAGACUAGAUUAUGCGCUGUACUGUCCAGAGGGUCUCGCUAAUUUUCCUACAAACGCCUUGCCGCAUCUCUUCCACGCUAGCUAUUGGGAGUCUUCAGACGUAAUCGCGUUCAUUCUGAGGCAAUUAGGUAGAUUCGAUUUACCGCUGCUCGGCAACGAGGAGAAAAAUCUCACUUGCUUCCGUCCAGGUCAACCCAGAGAAAAGUGGACUAAAAAACGUACCUCCGUUAAACUUAAGUCUGUAUUUAAUGUAUUUCAGAACACUGCUGCCAAUCACAGAGCGAAUGACGUUAUCGUGAGGGAAGGUGCACCCCAAAUACUAGUUGCUAAGUUCAUGUAUACUCCUAUUGAUAUGGUACCUUUAACAGGUGAAAAAGUGGAUAUCCAUAUUAUGAAGAAUCCACCGGCAGGCGAGUGGACAUACCUUUCUACCGAAGUAACUGAUAAAAAUGCUAGAAUAAUUUACAAGAUACCGGAUGACAAAGCACUAGGUUACGGACUGUAUCCUGUAAAAAUGAUUGUAAGGGGAGAUCAUACAUCUGUAGACUUUUUUAUGGCUGUGAUACCGCCGAAAACCGAAUGCGUGGUUUUUAGUAUAGACGGCUCCUUUGCCGCCAGUAGGUCAGUGAGUGGCAAAGAUCCGAAAGUCUGGGCUGGUGCCGUCGACGUUGUUAGGCAUUGGCAAGAAUUGGGUUACCUUAUUAUUUAUAUUACUGCGAGACCCGAUAUGCAACAGCAGACAGUAGUCUCUUGGCUAUCACAACAUAACUUUCCUCACGGUCUUGUUUCAUUUGCUGACGGCCUGUCGAGGGAUCCACUUGCCCACAAAGCUGCCUAUUUGAAUAAGCUUAUAAAGGAGCACGACAUGAUAAUUCGUCAGGCUUACGGCAGCGAAAAAGAUAUUAGCGUGUACACGGCGAUAAAUCUCAAACCGAGUCAGAUCUUCAUCAUUGGCAAGGUGUCCAAGAAGCAUCAAGCUCAAGCGACAAUACUGCACGACGGAUAUGCUGCUCACCUAAGCACUCUGCAGGCGCAUGGAGGUUCGCGUCCUGCGCAGGGCAACGCGCGUAUGGUAAUUCCUAGAAGUCAGUUUGGUUUGCCGGGACAGAAUGCUUCCCUGCGUCGACGUAGCUCUUUUAGGGCGGCAAAGCGUGCGAUUUCUCAGCCACCCCUAGGCAAGACAUCUUUCCUGUUGGAACGGUCCACGAGUGUGGGACCUUCCGUCACAUCCGCAUCAAGCAACGUUCAACAAUCAGCAAGAACCGAGAAACUCUGACGAUUUGCACGCUGCCGCUCGUUCUUCGAGUCUCGGCGGUAGCUCGCGAACAGAAAACACAAUCAUGAUUUUUGAUUUUGUAUAUUUGAUAAUAAAACAAUUCCUUUUUCUCUCUUUUUUGUAGAAUAAUUAUAUUUUAUAAUAAUCUUGUAGAAUUUUACGGCACACACAUGAUGGAUGAUUUCACACACAGACACACUCUCAUACACACACAUGGUAUAAGAAUUUCAUGAAUUCAGUAUAUAAUAUACUUGACAUUCUAUUUAUUAUGAUAGAUUUUUAAUGACAUGAAUGGUUGCUGUCUCAUUUCUCGUAUUGUAAAAGUCUUUCUCUUUCUUGUUAUUGAACAUUCUUGAUUUCACACAAAACGAUCGUUUUGUUCCUAAAAAAAAAUGUUCCUAAAACACUUCUUUUUGAAAUUUAGUCAUUUUAUCUACUGAUAUAUAUUAGAUCUGAAAAGUCCUUUUUAUUCGGGUUUCUGGAUACGUAUGAGAUUUUGUGCGUAUGUUAUAGACUCUUGAGUCUACGUUUACAAGUCCUGCAUUUUUUAGAUGUUUAGUUUUCCGUGAGACAUUUGUACAGCUCCUGUUAUACAAUUUACAUUGUGUUGUGAAACAAAACAAACUACGUCCCUCUGUAUUAUUCCAAAUAUGAAUAAUUCAUAUACUUUCGUGUACACCACUUCCAUAUAUAUAUAUUAGUUCUAUGUAUUUUCUUUGUAGAGUUAUUUUCCGUCAGUUUUGUUAUAUCGCGAUUUACCAGAUUACUCAUUGUAUGUGUGCUUAUACGUUAUAGAAACAAAAAAACAAUUUUAAAUAUCUCUUUUUUCUCUCAUUUAGUCUGGAUGUAUAAUGUUACUUGUGUGAGCAAUGUGCAAAGAUAGAAAUUAUGACAUUUUAAUAGAAGAUUUUGUUUAGCGGAAUAAUGCGCCAAGAAAGAGAAAAAUUGUUAAAACUGUUACCUGAGCCUCCCUGUUAUUAAAUAAGGAGAAGUAAUGUUGUCUGUGACGCUUAGAAAUAAUUAAUUAGUGUAAGAUCUGUUAGUACACUCUACUCAUUGCCAAAUGUUUAUAGACAGAUGUAAUACGUAAUGCUCUGCAAGGUCUGCGCUACAAGUUCUUUCAGCGCCACUUUUUCACGUGAGAUAAGCAUAUCGGCGGUAAGAAAAAGACACAGGGUGAAAAAUUAAGGAGAAUAUAAGAAGAAACGGUAUUUGAAAAACAAGUAUUUUGCAGAUGACACAUUGUCGCGUACAAUCUAGCGUUUUGACGUACUUGUUACACACAAUCACGCGAUUUUUUUAUUCGUUCCAGAAAGAUUAACAUUUUAUCGUGAUAAUGAUACAUACAUGUAUUAUCGUCUAUCUGCGAACACACUCUCUCAGAUCCGAAGAAACGCUCGGUAUUUUAUUACAUUGACUGACAAAUCUAAAAUAUUUGUACUGAAACAAAAUAAAUGACAGUAUUAAUAAUAAUUUAUAAAACAUGAACGGAAUAAUGUUACUUUAGAGAGAAAGUGAGAAGACAAUUAUUUUAGAUUAUCUCCGAACAAAGAUGUGUAUAUAUAAUGUAUACAUAUAUAUAUACACAAACGUAUGUUUUCAUUCAUUUUUCUUUGUAUAUAUGUAUAAUGGGACGGUAUUUGAAAAAUGUUUCUGAACAAAAAAACUAACGCGUAUAUGUAGAAGUACUCGCGCGUUCAACUGUUUCAAACUUAACGGAAUGAGCGUGUCACGAUUACAAGACGAAGCAUCGGUAACACAUAGACGACAAGCGGUACAAAAACAAAGUUACUUCCCUCUUAUUACAUAGUAACGUAAAGCUAUAGAGUAUAGGUGAUGUAAAUACGGUAGACGCUGUGUAAAUAAUUAUGUUGUUUGUGGAUAAUGUUAGAGGGAGGGGCAAGAUCAUAUAUUACAUGACUAGAACUGCUAGUAGGGUGCUUCGUCGAUGAAAGAGACAAGUGUGUGAGUCGGGGAUGAAACGACGUGAUAAACAAGAACGCGGUAAAUAUAGAAAAUUUUAUUUUUCCGAUUCAACGCAAAUUGCUACUUUCAAGAGUUGAAAAGUUUGCGAAUUUUGCAACAACAUUCCGCAAAAACAAAAAGAAAACAAACCUUUAUAAGAUUCGUCUCAGCUCCGAAUCGUAUUACCGACUUAAAGGGAAUAGAAGAGACAUAAUCAACGGUGUUUUUAUUACGCUUAAAUCUGUCACAAUCAACGCUAAAAAGUGAUAAAAAUUUUUCUAUAAGCAUGAUUCGAAGUACAUGGUGUCCUAAAAAUUUUAUACAACAUAAAUACAAUUCACGCAGAGAAAUUUGUAUCAACGAUCUUGUAGGUUUUUAAACGUGUUUUGGUUGUAUAGGUUGCAAAUUUAUAUUUUGAUUUUAAAUUGCGAUUACAGAAUCUUUUGAAGCACGUUGUUUUAAUUUAGAACCAUAUUUAGAACGUAUUUACAACAGAAUGGGGUAAAUAUCAUAUUUUUAUACAUUUAUAUUUAUUAUUAUCGUUAGAGAGAAAGUAACACAUCGAUCUUUUGUAAAGAUUAAAUAACGACUGCAAAAAAUUGCGUUAAAAUUUUAUACAUUGAACACACACACACACACACACACAUAAAUUAUACAUAUAAAAAUAAUAAAAAGCGAUAAAUAUAUACAUAUAAGUCCGCCUUGCUAUUCAAUCUCUAUCGCUGUCGGGACACUCUGUAAAAUCGAAUCAAGCACGACGAAGGAGACGGAGAUUAAUUUGUUGCCACUAUGUGUGUCUCUCUAGAUAAUCUAUUUGCUAAAUUUGCCAUGUUAAUCUCCCGAUCCUGACACGAAAGAGAAAGCAUUACGUAUUGCUCAAAUUGCUAUAUUAGCUGUGGUGCUUGCAUUACGCAAGUUGAUAUCAUCAGUAAUACUGACUGUUUGUAUAUUGUUGUAAUAUGGCACGAGAAUAGUUCUAUAUAUAUAUAUAUAUACAAACGUCUAAAACUUUAAAUAUAUAAAUGAAAAAAAUAUAUAUAUACACACACAUAUAUAUAUAUAUAUAUUGUUACAAGUUGCGAACUUGGGAAUAUAAAUGAAUAUGAAUACAAUAUGUGCGUAUGUGUUUUCUUGCGAGGUGCUGCAAAGUCCUGCACAUAUUGGAAAGAAGAUCUAUAAUCUUUUAUUCAAUUCAGCUGUUAUUGAUUUUUUUUUUUCGAGAAAGUUUACAUAUUACAUUAGCACAGAAAUUCUGAGUUUUUUUUUAAUUUUAAUAAGCCGUUACGCCGUACUCUUUCUCUAUGAGAAUCGCCCGAAGACAAAAAAAGAAAACACCAAGAAGAUUACUUUAGGAUUAUUUGCGAAAGAUGUUAGAGAAAGAGAUUUUCUUUUUUUAAAUGUAUACUUAUAUAUUUUACUACUUAAAUGUUUUUAUAAAUGUUAUUUAUUUUAAAUGUAUACAGUAUACAGUAUAUAUAUAUAUAAUUGCGCUUUUUUAAUUUAAACUAUGUAAUUUAAACUAUGUAAUUAUAAUCAAUUAGCUUAUAUAAGCAAAUCGAUUGAUAUUGUUUUUAAUUAACACUAAUUAGAGCGACUCGUGGUUUGUUUGAUUUUUUUUUAUUGAAGCAAGAGAUUAUAGGUAUUCGGAUUCUUUCUUCUAAAAUAGCAACUCAGCGGGAAGUAUUUCUGUCACGAGAAUUCUCGAAGAUAGUAAUACCUUUGUGCACUUCCGUGGUUUGGAACGUCUAAACAAACCGUAAAAAAAAAAAAAAAACGUCUAAAACAAAAACUAAAUGUGUUCCUUCUUACACUCAAAUUCGCAUGAAAGGGUGAAAAAAAAAGGAAAGAUCCAUUUUAGGCUAGUGUCAAAAAAGAAUAAAAAGAAUUAAUGUUAGUUAAAGAUAUAAACAAGUUUAUAUAUUAUAAUAACAAUUGACAAAAAAAUUUGUCUUAAGAAACUGCUCAGAAGUAGUAAAGCUAAUUGAUUAUAAUGACAGUUAGUGUGUUGCAAUAAAAAAAAA